AUGACCCGCGCUCGCUUCUAUCGAUUUCAUCGCCUCUACUGCCUUUCUGCGCCUUACCAAGAACCACUGACGGCAGGUCGUCCGGUUUAUCUCUACACUUGGAGUCUCCCCGAUCCCCAUGCAGUGGCUCGUCUGACCAACGUGGAAGCUAGUUGCUUCAAGCACGUGGACCAAACCAUCGGCCUAGUCUUCUCGAAGCCCAUCACUAAGGUAGGUGUUUCCUGGUCGCUACCAGUGUACUGUCAAUCGCUCGGGUACUUUCAGGUCUUAGGCCAACUUUUCUGCUGUCAUUUGAUUCCACGACUCCUAUCUUGUUUCUUUUUCUUCAUAGAAACACGUUUUGACACUAGUUAG